GUGACAUACUUUCUGUGGCGCAUUGUCUACCACUGGCAGACUUUUACUACUGUACAGAUGGUUUUGUAUGUUCUUAGUUUGGGAGUAUCUCUAUUCUUCUAUAGUGUUUUGGAGGGCUCAGCCGAAUCUCGCUAUGAUGCUUCAGGUGCACUCGUAGCUAGUGGCGAUGAUCUUAAUGCCGAAGGUCUUACCGCUUACAUGUUUGAUAUUAUCUAUAUUACAUGGGCUACACAUCUCCUCACUGCCUUUAUCUCCAACAAAGGCUGGUAUUUGUACUUGGUGAUCCCAGCUUAUGCUGCUUAUAAGAUCUUUCCUAUGGCCAUGUCUUACUUUGGCUCCAAAGAACCUCAAACUGAGAAAGCUGAGACUGAUGGCAAGUCUAAGCGCCAAGCCAAGAUGGAAAAGCGACAGAAUAAGGGACAAGUGAAGUACAAGCGAUAA